AUGCUCCACGCCGCAAGACCAACCGUGAGAGUGAGGGCCUUGCUCCUUUCGGGCUCCCCUCUCAGAUACGCUGCAGCUACCACAUUGUCUGCCCCAAAGCUUGGCGCGCCGCGGGCCGUGGGCCUUUGCGCCCUGAUCGCAUCCAAGGCGUUUCAUUCCAAGCGCCGUUUGGCUGCGCGCGCGGGAUUGGGUAGUGCAUCAGAGACGGAGGCGAGCUUCGUCUUAGAUGGAGGCUAUGAUGUUCAGCCGCUGGAAGAUGGCACCGGAGCUUGGCUUGCUCACCGAAGUGAGAGGGAUGUGCCUGGAAGCGGCCCUGGGCAUGACUGGGUCUCUGAAGUCUUUGCGGAUGCGGAGGACAAGCAUGGCGCCAAUUUGCAGGAUGCAGCACGGUUUCAGGUUCCUGGUGCCCAGUUCAAGCACCGCCCACGGAUUUUGGUGCUGUACGGCUCCUUGAGGCCGAGCUCCUUCUCCCGAAAGUUGGCCUUCGAAUGUGCUCGGCUCUUGGAGUUGUUGGGUGCUGAUGUGCGCACCUUCUCAUCCCAUGGACUGCCCGUGCGGGACCCGGCGUUGGAGGAGCAUCCGAAAGUCCAGGAGCUCCGGGCGUUGUCCAUGUGGUCGGAAGGCCAUGUGUGGGUCAGCCCAGAGAUGCACGGCUGUGUCACGGGCGCCUUCAAGAAUCAGAUCGAUUGGCUUCCGCUGAACACUGGGUCGGUGCGGCCGACGCAAGGCCGAACCUGCGUGGUGCUUCAAGUGAAUGGAGGCAGUCAGAGCUUCAACGUGGUGAACGAGCUCCGACGGUUAGCCCGAUGGAUGCGAAUGCCUUGCUGCACCAACCAGUCUUCAGUGCCUAAGGCCUGGCAGGAGUUUGAUGAUGAUGGGCGGAUGAAGGACUCUAACUUCCGGGAUCGUUUUGUGGACGUCAUGGAGGAGUAUUUCAAAUUCACCCUCAUCAUGCGCGAAAAUGCUGACUUCUUGGUGGACCGCUUUUCCGAGCGCAAGGAAAUUGCCCAGAAGGGUAGGCUGCUUUCGCAAGCUGAGAAGGAAGCUAAUAAAGCAUGA